GGGUAUAGACUCUGUUAUGGGCACAAUAAUGAAGUUACUGCACAUACUACUGGUCGUCCUCUUCCUAAUAGGAAUGCUUGAGGCCAAAAGAAAGAAAAGAGAGUUUGAAAUUUGGAUACGACCAGACAAGCACAAUCCACCAGGAACCAGAUAUUGUGAGCCUUGGAACCAAAAUUGUCAAAGAAAUGAAAAAUAAUGUUUGAAAAUGCAAAUAUAUAUAUAUAUAUAUAUAUAUUAUGAGUUCAUAUAA